CAUCAUGUAGGCCCUAAGUCGGCGCAGUCGCGCUGUUGAAGUCACUCAGCCAACCUCGUACUUGGAAUUAACCGAGGUUGGCCGAAUGUGAUGAAGUGCACCAUUCGUAAAUUCUCGGGCAUUUCCGGCCUAAAAGUUUUUCCGCAUACUGAGAUGGCAUUGGUAGACAUUGCUCCAACAGUCAAUUCUUGGAUAAUUUCGCUACGCUUAAUUAAUGUAUGAGCAUCGAGUGCUGGAAGUCGGAAAUCACCGAGGUGUGCCGAGUGUGAUCGACAGGAUUUUUCCGCAAAGGGCGAGUAACUCCUGGUAUUUUUCCCACUUCCGUGUUACAAGGCCGGACAACGCUCAGAACAUGUCUGCUACACUGAAACCUUAUCUGGAUGCUAUUCGGCACACACUGACUGCUGAAUUCUGUCUGCAGAAUUUUGAUUCACAAGUGGUAGAGAGGCACAACAAACCUGAGGUAGAAGUGAAAAGCAGUAAAGAACUUCUUCUUACUCCUGUCACAAUAAGCAGAAAUGAAAAAGAAAAGGUUCUAAUAGAAGGAUCCAUUAAUUCUCUUAGGAUCAGUAUUAUGAUAAAGCAGGCAGAUGAUAUUGAAAAGAUUUUAUGUCACAAAUUCAUGCGGUUCAUGAUGAUGAGAGCUGAACAUUUCACAGUGCUUCGAAGAAAACCUGUAGAGGGAUAUGACAUAAGCUUUCUCAUCACAAAUACGCACACAGAGCAGAUGUACAAACACAAGCUUGUUGAUUUUAUCAUUCAUUUCAUGGAGGAAAUAGACAAAGAAAUUAGUGCUAUGAAAUUAGCAGUGAAUUCGAGAGCCCGAAUCAGUGCAGAAGAAUUCCUUAAGCGUUUCUAAACUCUAAUCCUGUGCAUCUAUAUUUUAUGCAUAUAUGUAUGUAUAGCACAAAAUGUGAAUAAUUACCAUAUUCAUCCUAGUAAGUGCCAAGAGUGCUUGGAAAAUUUAAGAGCGGGGGUAUUUUAGAAAGGGAUACAUUUUUAGAACACCCGAUUCACUCAGUUGACCUAUUGUGAUAUUCCAUCUGCUGCCUUUUUUCUUGGAAACAUGUUCCCAGUCUUUAAACCUCAAGUACUAGACUAGUAGUUUUAAUUUUACCAAUUUUAGUGUAAAUCAGAAUUAGCUGAGAGGAACAAAUUGAGGUCUUGAGGUGGUCAUAGUUCCGAGAUACUUCAAGCAACACAUCCAGAUUCAUUGUCUUGUUGCUUGAUUCUCAGAUAACCAUACUGUGGGUGUUAUUGAUAAACAUUUCGUAUGAUAACAGUAAGGGAUUGUAUUUGUUAUAUAUUAAAUAAAGGGGCACUUAGUGGGGUGAAUAAUCAUUUUUAUCCUUGUCAUUUUGCAAUAAUUCAUAGGAUAUCUGGUAUGAAAAAGAUACUGUAUUAAAUUUAUUUUGUUAUGAGAUUA